AUGAUUUUAUUCAUUUAUCUUAUAAAUCAGGCAAAUAGCUAUGAAAGACUAAAAGGAAUACCCAACGAUGAUGUUCCUUAUAGACCAAUUAAUGUACAAGUCAAUACACUUGAAAAGGAUUAUUCAACGAAAGAUCUCAUAGCAAUAGCUGAUCAAGUUGCAAGCGAUUUCAAACUCGAAGGAGUUCGAGUUCACAAUUAUUUUAGACUUGUCAAAUUUGCUUCUCUUUCCAGGCAACUUUUCAACAGGGUUGAUUUUAAUUAUGAAGAUAAGGGAUACAGAGUUGUAACUGUGGCCGGAACAGUUAUCAAAAUUACUAAAGCUAAUGAUGUAUAUACGGUCAAAUGCCGUAAAGUUUAUGUUAACUCUAAUGUCAUUGAUAGUUCAUAUAUAGCUGGAGCAUAUGAAUAUACCUCUGAUUUCCUUGGUUAUCUCUCCCAAGGUUCUCAUAUGCAAUUUAUGACCAAGCCAUGGUCACUACUUCCAGCAUCUUCAAUAGCUUUUAUUUACAAUGAAUUGUAUAAGAGAAUUGAAGGUCCACUCAAUUGGUACAAAACUAACAUUUAA